GAAAACCGUUCUAUUUACUCGACAAUGGAGGGGACCGAAAAACUAAUCGUGGACUCCUGGUCGGAAGGACCCAACAAUAAAUCGAGAAAAACUCGCACUACGAAAUUACCAUGCUUCUUAGCAACUACUACCGUGAUAUUCUGGGUAGUUCUCUUCUUCGCAGUUGUAAUUCCUUUGUUCUAUCGAUUACCCACGGCAAUGACAAUAGAAGAUGCGAAUAAAAACGUAUUUAUUGCGGAACGAGCACACAAGGAUCUGUAUACUUUAUCUAACAUUGGCACCAAAAUGGUUGGAAGCAAAGAGAAUGAGAUUGCUGCUGUAGAGUUUCUUCUAAAGCAGUUAAAUCAAAUUAAGGAAGACUCAUUGAAAGAAUAUUAUGAUAUUGAAAUUGACUCAUCGCAAGUCUCUGGUCAGUACGUUGAGGGAAAUUUGGUUAUUAUGUAUCAAGGCAUUCAAAAUAUUGUUGUAAAAAUAAGUCCCAAGAAUAGUACGAGUGAGACUUUCCUGUUGGUUAACAGUCAUUUCGACUCAAAGCCCUUUACACCAUCCGCUGGAGAUGCUGGAUUUAUGAUAGUCACUAUGCUGGAAGUCCUACGAGUGAUUGCUACAUCGAAGCAGCCCAUAAUUCAUCCAAUUGUUUUCCUGUUCAAUGGAGCUGAGGAAAUAGGACUUAUGGCUUCACAUGGCUUUAUUACAACGCACAAAUGGGCACCUUACUGCAGGGCGGUCAUCAAUCUUGAUGCUGCUGGCAGCGGAGGUCGGGAUAUUUUAUUCCAGAGUGGUCCAAAUCACACAUGGCUCGUUGAUUACUACAAAAAAUACAUCAAACACCCUUUUGCUACAACUGUGGGAGAGGAAAUUUUCCAAUCAGGAAUCAUGCCAUCGGAUACAGAUUUUCGACAGUUCGUAACUUAUGGCAAUAUUCCAGGUUUGGAUAUGGCUCAGUGCUUUAAUGGCUACGUGUAUCACACCGUAUACGACACAAUCGAUGUAAUUCCACUUGAAUCCUUCCAGAAUACUGGUGAUAAUAUUCUCAGUCUAGUUCGAGGAUUAGCUAAUGCUACCGAAUUAUAUGAUACCUCGGAUCAGAAAACUGGACAUGCUGUCUUCUUUGAUUUCCUGGGUCUCUACUUCUUCCACUAUUCUGAAGCUACGGGCGAGUACUUGAACUUUGGAAUUGCAGGAGCUGCUCUCGUAUUAGUUUUCCUCUCUAUAUGGAGAAUGUCAGAUAUUUCACAAGUCUCUAUUUGCCACGUGAUAUUGUGGUUUAUUCUUGUGAUUGUUAUUCAAAUUGUUGCCUUCGCACUCGGAUUAGCUCUUCCAUUCGUUGUCGCAUACGUGAUGGACUCCCUUGGGUUGUCUCUGACUUACUACAGUACGCCAUUAUUGGUAGUCGGGUUGUAUGUCUGUCCCUCAUUUAUUGGCCUUAGUUUACCCACAACCAUUUACUACAGUCUUCAGUGGAACGACAAACUCUCCACACCUUACCAUCUUCAGCUUGCUUUGCAUGGUCAAGCUGUAAUCCUCGCUCUUCUAACCAUAUCUCUUACAGCCUUGGGAAUUCGUUCUUCAUAUAUUUUAAUGAUACCACUUGUUUUCUAUGCGGCAUCAUUGACACUCAAUCUGUUGACUCCAAUGCACGACAAAGGCUAUGCUUGGACAGCUUUACUAAAAAUUAGCCAAAUUAUUCCUUUUCUAUAUAUCAGCUAUAUAUCGUAUCUAUUUGUUGUCGUUAUGACACCAAUGGGCGCUAGAGCAGGAAGUGACUCUAACAGAGAUUUAUACAUCGCCGGAAUGUCGGCUGUAGGAACAGUUCUCUCAUUUGGUUUCUUGGUCCCACUGAUCAACACUUUCCGUCGACCAAGUUUAGUAGUAUAUGCUUUAAUAGCAACUACAGCUCUUUCUGUGUUCUUAGCCAGUAGUACAGAAUUGGGAUUCCCAUAUCGUCCACGGACAAGUGGCCAACGAGUUGCAUACUUACACGUCCGCAAUAAGUUCUAUGAAUAUGAUGGGUCUCUUAGUAAGGAUGAGUCUGGUUACCUGUUUAUGUAUCAGGAUCGGCGCAAGGAAACAGUCCUUGAGGGCACAAAUGUAAACUUAACUGGUUUAGUCAGUUUACAGUCUAGAUGUGAAAAGUACAUGAUGUGUGGAAUGCCGUUGGACGAACGCUAUUCUCAACAGAGAUUGCAAAGCAAAUGGAUGCCACGUUCUAAUCCAAUUAUAGCUCCAGGAUCGACUAAUCUGGAAUUACUUAGUAAAACAAUUAUUAAUUCGACGACAUGUCGUUUUGAGUAUAAUUUGACAGGUCCUCCUCAAAUGGGUCUAUUCUUUCAAGCUUAUGAGGAUGUCACAAUAACAGAUUGGUCAUUUUUAGAAAGUUAUUUGAAUAACCCUCCAGUAUACCCAUUAUCGUUUCAUAUAUUCAUUAACUAUGGAAUUGACAGUUCGCCAAUCAACUUCUUUGUGGAAACUUCAAAACAUAAUGGAGACUUCAACGUACCUCUAUUUCAACUUGGAGUGUCAGGACAUUAUAUUGGUGACGACGUUGACGAGGAAUCUGCUGAUUUUCGAUCGAAGUUCCCCGCCUUUGCUAUUCAAGCCGACUGGCCAGCAUCAUAUGAAAGAUACAUAUUUUAAGGAAGCUAAUAAAAUCAAUGACACACAU